AUGGCCGAUCAAUCUUCGUACAAAAAGGGGGAUAAGAUCCUUUACAUUACGCCGGCCCCGGCCGUGCCACCGGAAGUUUCACAGCUGCAGGAAAUCGUCGGCAGCGAUGGCGCUGUCAAGGUCAUCUCUCGCCCCCAAAUCACCGACGAUAAAAUUGGCGAGCCUUCGUCGACGUACGACAUGGUGAUUUCGAUCGGCGCCUCGGCUGCUGGCCACCAGACCGACUUCCUGUUCGAGCUGGCACGCGUGCUGAAGCCCUCCGGUUCGCUCGUCCUGCGCGAGCCUCUGCUGCUCGGCUCCAAGGAGGGCAUCGUGACGGCCCUGCGCACGGAGAAGGAGGUGGAGAGCGCGCUGCUCAUCUCGGGCUUCACGUCGACUACCUUCCAGAACACCCAGGGCGCCUCGUCUGUGGCCUCCUUCCCCGCGCUCAAUGGCUCCGCCGACGUGCAGACCCAAAUCGCCACCUACGAGAUUCGCUCGGUCAAGCCCAACUGGGAGUUCGGAGCCUCGGCCGCACUCUCGCUUCCCAAGUCCUCGAAGCCCGUCUCCGCUGCCCCCGUCUGGUCCCUCUCCGCAGAUGACACGAUCGAUGCGAGCAUCCCCGUGGCCAAGCCCGUUUCUGUCGGUUCGACCUGGAAGCUGGACGCCGACGACGGCGAUCUGAUCGAAGACGACGCCCUCCUCGAGAAGGAGGACUUGGCCAAGCCGGACAAGGUGUUUGAUUGCGGCACGAGCGCGAGCGGCAAGAAGAAGGCGUGCAAGGACUGCUCGUGCGGCCUUGCCGAGGAGCUCGAGGCCGGGCAGGAGGUCAAGAAGAAGACCCCCGAACAGGCUUCGUCCUGUGGCAGCUGCUAUUUGGGCGACGCGUUCCGAUGCGCGAGCUGCCCCUACCUCGGUCUGCCGGCCUUCAAGCCUGGCGAGAAGAUCUCCCUCGCCAACAUGGAGUAG